ACAUGUUAUUGGAUGCAGAGCUACUUGCAGUGUCCAUACCUAAUAAUUAUUCGCACGAAGGCCUCGCCCUUCUCUGGCCAUUUUCCUAGUUCGCGAGAGCUACGGGCAGGGAAGAUGGAUUUGGCCUCAUCGGCGGGGAUAGCGCGGCAGACGUGGGAACUUGAGAACAACAUCGUCGCCAUAGAUUCUCCGGCGGAGUCGGACACGAUCUACUACUACGAUGAGGUUGCGCAGGCCAAGAUCCAGCAAGAGAAGCCGUGGCAACAUGACCCUAAUUUCUUUCGACGAGUUAAAAUAUCCGCCCUCGCCCUGCUUAAGAUGGUAGUCCAUGCCCGCUCUGGCGGCACCAUUGAGGUCAUGGGACUGAUGCAGGGUAAGAUCGAGGGCGACACCUUCGUCGUCAUGGAUGCAUUUGCGCUUCCCGUUGAGGGCACCGAGACUCGGGUCAAUGCUCAGGCUGACGCGUACGAGUAUAUGGUCGAUUAUUCCCAGACCAACAAAAGGGUUGGGAGGCUGGAAAAUGUGGUGGGGUGGUACCAUUCACACCCUGGCUACGGAUGCUGGCUCUCAGGUAUAGAUGUAUCAACGCAGAUGACGAAUCAAAAAUACCAAGAGCCAUUCUUAGCUGUUGUAAUUGACCCCACGAGGACUGUAUCAGCUGGGAAGGUUGAGAUUGGGGCCUUCAGGGCUUAUCCUGAGGGCUAUAAGCCACCUGAUGAGCCUGUAUCAGAGUACCAAACUAUUCCUCUCAACAAGAUAGAGGACUUUGGGGUCCAUUGCAAGCAGUAUUAUGCAUUGGAUAUAACUUACUUCAAGUCAUCUCUGGAUGGUCACCUCUUGGAUUUACUUUGGAACAAGUAUUGGGUAAACACAUUAUCAUCAUCCUCAAUCUUAGGCAACAGAGACUAUGUUGCAGGACAGAUUUCUGAUUUAGCUGAGAAGUUGGAACAGGCAGAGAAUCAAUUAGCCCAUACGCGAUUGGGGUCCUUUUUUGUACCUUCCCAAAAGAAGAAAGAGGUUAGAAUUCUUAUGUUUUCCGUUGUUUUUUUAUCAGUUGAUAUUUUGUAAUGGAUAGCAAUGUUC